AUGGCCAGAGGUAUUCGCCAUCGGGGGGCCACAGCCCCUGGUGACCCAGAGUGGAAAGUUGCUCUCCGCGGCUACACAGCUGCCGUGGAGCGGGCAUCCAAAUAUCUCGAGGGUGACGAGAACCACUCACCGCUCGACUCCAGCUUCACUGUCUUUGGUAGCGGCCGCAUCCGCUCGGCGCAUGCCCAUUCCGUGGCCUCGAACCAUAUCAUGAGGGAUGGUGAGCUUGUCCAGAUCUGCUGCUGCACCCCUACACUGUUUGGACACGACAUGUGUUUCGACCGUCCUAUCGCUGUGGGCCCCAAGGAGCUUCUUGAAGAUGUUCUCAAGGUGGUCAACGCUGCGCAUGAGGCUUCAACAGCAGCGUGGAAGGUGGUUCGCGCAUGA